AUGAGGACAUCACACAGUAUAGGCCAGGAGAAAACCCAACUACCUCAAAUGUCCAUCCGACCUCAGACUGUGCGGGACGGUGCCGGACCAUCGUAUUCCUCUUUUACUGAGGAACCUCAGACUGUGCGGGACGGUUUAAAGAAGUCCUAUUUUUCUAAACAUCAGAGAUCACUCACGGGGGAGUUGCGUUUUUCCUGUUCUGAGUACGGAAAAUGCUUUUCACAGAAGGCCAAUCUUUCCACCCAUCAGAGAUCUCACACGGGGGAGAAGCCUUUUUCCUGUUCUGAGUGCGGAAAAUGUUUUUCAAAGAAGUCCAGUCUUUCCAUACAUCAGAGAUCACACACGGGGGAGAAGCCUUUUUUCUGUUCUGAGUGCGGAAAAUGUUUUUCAGAGAAGUCCAGUAUUUCCAAACAUCAGAGAUCUCACACGGGGGAGAAGCCUUUUUCCUGUUCUGAGUGCGGAAAAUGUUUUUCAGUGAAGUGCAGUCUUUCCAAACAUCAGAGAUCUCACACGGGGGAGAAGCCUUUUUCCUGUUCUGAGUGCGGGAAAUGUUUUUCAGAGAAGUCCAGUCUUUCCAUACAUCAGAGAUCUCACACGGGGGAGAAGCCUUUUUCCUGUUCUGAGUGCGGAAAAUGUUUUUCAGCGAAGUUCAAUCUUUCCACACAUCAGAGAUCUCACACGGGGGAGAAGCCUUUUUCCUGUUCUGAGUGCGGGAAAUGUUUUUCAGAGAAGUCCAGUCUUUCCAUACAUCAGAGAUCUCACACGGGGGAGAAGCCUUUUUCCUGUUCUGAGUGCGGAAAAUGUUUUUCAGCGAAGUUCAAUCUUUCCACACAUCAGAGAUCUCACACGGGGGAGAAGCCUUUUUCCUAUUCUGAGUGCGGGAAAUGUUUUUCAGAGAAGUCCAGUCUUUCCAAACAUCAGAGAUCUCACAUGGGGGAGAAGCCUUUUUCCUGUCCUGAGUACGGGAAUUGUCAGUCACAGAAGUCGUCUGUUUACAGUCAUCUGAGAUUGGACAAGGAGGAGAAUGAACUUUCCUGGUCUGAGUGAGGGAAUUGUUCCUCACUGAAGUCCUGUCUUCCUGUACAUCAGGGGUCCCACACAACCCCUCGAGGUG